UUUACUAAAUAAAGCUCUGAAUUUUUUUAAUAUAUAUAAGUCCCCAUUUAAAAUAUAUAUUAACGGAGGGAUUACUUAGUCCAAAUGAUGUCCUGACUUUAUCUAUUAUAUACAUACCUGAUGACACAGAAAUAUUGGUUAGUUUCAAACCCAGUCCAACCGGGGAUCAGUCUUCCUCAAUCAAAGCCUACUUUAGCAGUUAAGCCAUUCGAAAACAACAAUUUUUUAGAAUAGCAUGAAACAAUUAACAAAAUAAUGAUUGGGGGAGUUCCUAUCACUUUUCAGCAAUCGAAUUUUUUCUGUGUAUUAAUGUGCUCUAUAUACAUUUACGUAUCUUAUGCUUAUAUGCAAAAUGAUAAAGAACUCGUUAUAUUAUCGCCAAACCAAAAAUUGCAAGUUGGAAGCGUGGCAUAUUUCAAUGGAUCAUCUCAGAUAAUUUUAUAUAAAUUCUUGGAUUUGUGGUCUGGCGUUUCUUUCUCAUUUAGAACUUGUUCGAACAAAGGAAUCAUUUUGAGAUACAAUAGUAGUCAAUAUGCUGAUUCUUCGUCGUCUAAAUACGAAAAUAGUUUGAUCAAUAAUAAUGAUGAUAAUAGCAAAACGGAAAUUAAAAAUUAUAAGCUCUUUAGGAGAAAAAAUGGUAAGAAUAUGAAAGAUAGAUCCAACACAAAAUUUUUCAACAAAAUUUAUUUGGAAUUGCAGCUAAACAAAUGGGGAUAUAUCAACGUAUCAGUAAUCUUGAAUACGAAUUGGAUCAAGGAUAUCAAUGAAAAUUUUUUAUUGAAUACAAUAUUACCCGUGGACGAUAAUAAAUGGCACUCCGUUGAAAUGAGAUUUAAAAAUACCGACUUAGUUAUAACCAUAGAUCACGUUAUACACCAAAGUAUCAAUUUUGGAACUGAAGUAAAACCAUUUACGUUCGAUAUUAUUGACAAUGAUAUAUUGCCAUUUAUCGAAAUCGGCAAAAAAUUUAUAGGAUGCAUUCAACAAGGUGCCAAUAUAGUUUUUAAUUCUCAGGAGUUAGCUAGCAAAUAUAUUGUGUGGGAUAAGUGCUUGCUUGAAGAAAAGGAGUGCGAACAUUGUACAGCAGUCAAUAAUUAUUGUAUGAAUGGAGGGAAAUGCAUAUCUAAUAGCAGUAAAGAAUAUUGCCUUUGCAAUGAAGGAUACCAGGGAGAAAGAUGCGAGUUAUUGACUCCUACAAACCCAUGUAAUCAUUCGCCAUGUUUAAACAAGGGUCUCUGUCUUUUUAAUUUUUCGUUUGGAAACUUUAGCUGCCUAUGUACCAAAGGAUACGAGGGAGAUAAUUGUGAAAAAAAUAUCAACGAAUGCGAUUUAGAAUCUUGUCUAAAUGGAGGAACUUGCGCCGAUAUGGAUGGAUCCUUUAAAUGCACUUGCCCUCCUCCAUUCACUGGGAGCGUGUGUGAACUUUAUAACAAUCCAUGCUUAUCAAAACCGUGUAAAAAUGGGGCCACUUGUGUGCUUGUUCAGAAUCAAUAUCAAUGCCAAUGCACAUCUUUAUAUUCUGGAGUCAAUUGUGAGGUACCUGUAUCACAAUGCAAGUCCAUAUCAUGUCCACCUAAUUCAUACUGCGUUAAGACAAAUGGCGAGAUUAAAUGCAAAUGCCAUAAUACCUACACCGGAAAUAAUUGUGAUAUAGAUGUGAAUGAAUGCGAAUCAAAAAUAAAACCUUGCCAAAACGGUGGGCAAUGCAUGAACCAAAUAGGCGAUUAUAAAUGUGUCUGCUCAUCUGAUUGGAUGGGAAAAAACUGCAGCCAAAAUUUUGAUCCAUGUGCCAGUGAUCCAUGUCUUAACCAAGGUGUUUGUAUGAGUCAUAUCGGAAAUUCCACAGAGAGGAAGAAUUAUGAAUAUAAUAAUGAAAAAGCAUUGAUUGAACAAUAUGAAUGUGUUUGCAGAGAUGGAUAUGAAGGCAAAAAUUGUGAAGCAAAUAUUGAUGAUUGUCUAGGUGUGCUUUGUCCUCCGGGGAAGAUAUGUAGAGAUAGAUUAGGAUAUUUCCAAUGCGUAUGUCCAAAGGGAUAUGAAGGGCCUAAUUGCAAUGUAAAUAUAAACGAUUGUGAACCUAACCCAUGUCAUAACAAUGCCCUAUGUAUUGAUCAAAUAGACGAUUUUACUUGUAAAUGUCCCAGCGGUUAUAAAGGUUUGUUAUGUGAAGAAGAUAUAGAUGAAUGUGAAGCAACAAAUAUUUGCAAAAAUGGAAUUUGUUCCAAUAGCUUUGGUACCUAUUCAUGCUAUUGUAUCCCUGGGUUCACAGGUAAGCAUUGUGAAAUUAAUUUUAAUGAAUGUGCCUCGCAACCUUGUUAUAAUGGAGGAACUUGUAGUGAUUUGGUCGAUAAAUAUGCUUGUUAUUGCAAAUCAGGAUUUACUGGUAAGGAUUGUGAGAUCAAUAUUGAUGAAUGUUCUUCCAAUCAAUGUUUAAACAAUGGAAAUUGUACGGAUCUUAUUAAUGGAUUUAAAUGCAUAUGUCAACCAGGAUUUUCUGGAAAUUUAUGUGAAGAAAAUAUUGAUGAAUGUUUAAAUCAUCCUUGCCUAAAUGGAGGAAAGUGCAUCGAUAAAAUAAACAGGUUUGAAUGUAAUUGCGAAAACACUGGUUAUCAAGGACGUUUAUGUGAUUUAGAUAUUAAUGAAUGCCAAACAAAUCCUUGUCAUAACGACGGAAUUUGUAUCAAUCUACAAAACGAUUAUAAUUGCAAUUGUGUAGAUGGAGUUGAAGGAAAGAAUUGCGAGAUAGAUAUAGACGAAUGCCUUUCUCAGCCCUGUUUAAACGGCCUAUGUCAUCAAAGAUUUAUUAACACAUCCCUGAAUGAAUUGGACGGAUCAACAGUCUAUAAGAUGACACCUAUUGCUGGGUAUGACUGCAAAUGUAAUCCUGGUUUUAAUGGUACAAAUUGUGACAUAAAUAUUGAUGACUGCGUCUCCAAUCCAUGCUUACAUGGUGCUUGCAUUGACAGAAUAAACGAUUUUCAAUGUGCAUGUGAUUCGGGAUAUGAGGGAAAAUUGUGUGAUAUCGAAAUCAAUGAAUGUUUUAAUUUAAAACCUUGUUUAAAUGGGGGAACUUGCAAAGAUCUCGUGAAUAAUUAUACAUGUAAAUGUACUAAAGAUUAUUCCGGGAGAAAUUGCGAUAUCAGACUUAAAGGAUGUGUUGAUCAUUUAUGCCCCGAAAAAACUGAGUGUAGGCCAUAUUUAAAAAAUAAUAACGAGCAUCUUUAUGAAUGUCAUUGCUUACCCGGGUUUUCUGGUAAAAAUUGUGAUAUUGUUACCCUUGUGUCUUAUUUUGGGACGAAUUAUUCAUAUGAUAGUAACAUGAAAAUGAACACUAGUCAAAAAAAUAUAUUAACAUCUACUGAACAAAUCGAAGUAGGCAAAAUCAAUCGAAAUAAUAUGGGGUCAUUAAAUUUAAUUGUCAUUGAAAAAUCAAACAACACAACAUUUGAUACUAAAAUUAUGACGUCGACCCCUAAUGAUAUAGGCAUAACAAAUGAAAAUUCAUCGUCAAAUUAUUCGAUAUUUUUGUCAACACCGCGUCGAAAGAGAAGCUUAGCUACAACAAAUGAAAAGCAGUUGACCAUAUCUUCAUCCUUUAUCCGAGUUCCUUUAUCUGCAACAUCAGCUUAUAAUGGCUAUGAUCAUAACUGGAGUUCUGAAGAUAAAAUGGAAAAUCAUUAUUCUUUAAAUCUAUACUUUCAGUUUACUACCACAUUAAAAACUACAAACCUUCUAGAUAUUAUUAAUGAACCAUAUGCUAACGAGAAUGAUUUUCAUAAAGGUCACGAAAAACAAAGUUUAUCUUAUAAUUAUAUCAAUCUCCGAAUUUUAGAUGGUAAAUUAAUCGCUUCGUCGUUUAUUUAUUCUUCUAAUACAAGUUCAAAUCUUGAUAAAACGGAUGAAGAACUAUUCCAAUCAAGUAAUUUUGUGGACAGGUUAGAUUGGCAAACUGUGAUUAUCAAUUUUACAAAAAGUCAAUUUAUAAUCGUUUUGGAAAAUGAAGAAAAUAUCAUACCAAUGAAUAUUAAACAUCCGAUUAGUUAUAUACAAUUUGGAGGAACAGAAGCAAGCAAUCUUAUGUUCUCAGUGAAAAACUUUAUUGGAUGCAUGCGAGAUAUAAAUGUAAAUGAAAAUUUAAUAAUGCCUGGAUACAAGGAUAUUAUUUCUAACAAAGUAGAAAAUUCGUGUAAUAGGUUAAAGCAAUGUUACGAAACAAGCUGCUCUGGUAACGGACAAUGCGUCGAUAAUUGGUAUUCUUAUUCUUGUAUAUGUCAUCGACCACAUCAUGGACAUGAUUGCAAAUUAAAUUACGAUGAAAUCACGUUCAAUCACGAAAAAAACAAAAGUUUUCUACUAGUUUCAAAGAAUAAAAAUCAAAAUAAUCAGUCCUUAAUAUCAGACUUGGAUAUCUCUUUUUUUAUAAAAACCCGCGAAAAAAACGCGUUUUUGUAUUUAGUGACACCUCAAUCCUAUAUUGAAGAAGUAAAAAAUAUGAGUAACGUAACCUUAGAAAGGUACUUAUUAGAAGUAAGCCUACAUGAAGGGAAUUUACGGGUUAUAUUGUUGGAUGUGUCGACAAAUAUAUCGAUUUCUAUGCUGAGCACGGAUGUUAAACUGAUUGAUGAAUCUUACCCUUUUGUUAGGAUGUUAAAAAAUAAGGCAGAUUUGCAAAUCAUCAUAUCUAAAAAACAAUUUAAACAGCGAUAUUUUUUCCCAACCGAUUUCCCAUUCAAUAUUCAAAACUUAUUUAUUGGUGCACUAACUCCUAGUUAUGAUAAGUUAUUCUUCAAUUCAAACCGUUUUAAUUUCACGAAUUUUAAAGGUGCUAUAUGGGAUUUAAGAAUUGGUAAUGAUGUGAUUCCUCUUAAAAAUUUUACUAUCGAAAACCAUAUUUUUUCUGUGCAAAAUCAAUUUUUAACUGAGAAAUAUGAUUUAAAGGAUGUACAAAAUUUGACUUUUGGUUCUCCUUCAGACGACACAUGUCUUUCUAUGCCAUGUUUGAACGUGGCAAAAUGCCUUAUAACUUGGAAUGACUACUCAUGCGCCUGCCAACAAGGGUACAAAGGGAAAAAUUGUGAAAUUUAUGAUUUGUGUGAAUCGAUUAUCUGUCCAAUUGGCACCUACUGCUCAUUAAUUUCGAAUACAAGCUCUGAAUGCACAGAAUUAAUUACAUUUGACGGAUUAAACAAUCAAGCAAUCAUUUAUGAAGCCUUGCCCAAAGAAAAAUACAAUACCUUAAUAGAAUUAAUUAAGGAUUCUAAUCAUAAUUUAACAAUGAAUCUUAGAUUCAGAACGCGAUCAUCAGAUUGUUUAUUGCUCUAUAUGCUAAAUACUAAAAAUAAACAAUACCUAGCUAUUCUAAUUGUGGAAGGAAAAGUUGUCAUGAAAUACGAUUUUGAACAUAAUGAUCGAAGCGCCAGAUAUCUUAAUUCCACUAAUAUUGUUUCUAAAGGUGAAUGGGUAUACCUGAAUUUAAUCUUUGGAAAAGAUUUUGUUAUAUUGGACUCAAAUAAUUUUCUUUAUCACAUGAACAAAACUAAUCAAAUCUCUGAAUUUGUUUUCACUAGUAAUAGAAUAUUUCUAGGUGGAAUGGAUGAUUCUGUAGACAAUGAAGUUUGGGGAAAUUUAAUCUUAAAUCCUUAUAAAGGUUGCUUGAAGAAUAUGUUUAUAUGGGUUUGGAAUACGAAGAUAAUUUUAACAUUAUCCAAAUUGCAAUGGAUAAAUGAUACAGAUAUAACUAUAUUGCUGCAACCUUUGACUGUUACGGGAACAAGAGAAGGCUGUUUAUACAAAAAGACAUGUAAACCUGAUUCUUGUAAAAAUGGAGGGACAUGCACAGAUAUUUUUCACGCAUACAAUUGCACUUGCCCCCCAGGAUUUAACGGUUCUGUAUGUCAAAACAAUAUUGAUGACUGUUUUCCUGCUGCUUGCCUAAACGGGGUAUGCAAGGAUGGUAUCAACAAUUACGAAUGCGUGUGCUCUCCUGGAUACACGGGGAAAAUGUGCGAAAUCAAGAUCGAUCCUUGCAAAAACAGUAGGUGUGAAAACGGAGGCAAAUGUAGGGCUAUAAAUGAAUUAGACUACACGUGCGAGUGUGGAGGAGACUCUAUGUUUAUUGGGGACCUCUGUCAAAUUCCAAUUAAUUAUAAUUGUGACAAUGGAAAUAUUUGCGAAAACAAUGGUCUAUGCAAAAAUGGCGAAUUUUUCCUGAAUGAUGAUUUAAAUAAAGUAAAAUCCUUUAACUGCUUAUGCUCAAACGGUUAUGAAGGUUUAUUAUGCGAGAAGAAACACGAUUAUUGUAAAUCGAACAAAUGUGUUAAUGGAACUUGUGAACCAAAUGCACUAUCUGAAAAUUACACUUGUACAUGUAUACCUGGAUAUCAUGGAAUUUAUUGUAAUCAAGAUAUCGACGAAUGCUUAGAAAAUCCAACCUUGUGUCAGAACAAUGGCACGUGCCAUAACACGAAUGGGAAUUAUAGCUGCGUGUGUAAGAAAGGUUGGAAAGGAAACUCUUGCGCUAUUGAUAUUGAUGAAUGCUCUAAUGGUGAACUAUAUCCUUGCCAAAAUGGAGGGCUAUGUGAAAAUUUAUUAGGAAAUUUUUCCUGUAAUUGCCACAACACAGGUUUUGUAGGUCGAUUUUGUGAAAAUGAUAUCAACGAAUGUCUAGACCCAUCUUUAAAUCUAUGCACUGAAAAUGGACGAUGUAUCAAUACUAUCGGAUCUUAUCAAUGCGAGUGUCAUCAAGGGUAUUCAGGAAUAAAUUGUGAAUCGGCCAAUUGCUCGUUAAUACAAUGCCAAAAUAAUGGUACUUGUCAAAUUAACGAAAAGAAUAACACUUGGAGAUGUAUAUGUUCUCACAAUAGCUAUGGUUUAUUCUGCGAAAAUCUCAGUUUUUGUCUCUAUGAACCAUGCGUUUCGGGCAUAUGUUACAACAAACCGAAUCCUUUAUAUGGGUUGAACUACACUUGCGAAUGUGAUAGCAGCCAUGGCGGUCCCAAUUGUUCCGAACCAUACGGCUUUUGCUUGACAAAACCCUGCGGUCCAGGCACCUGUUUUAACAAGCCGAACACUGAAUUCAAUCUGAAUUACACUUGUCAGUGCCCUGCUAAUUUUACGGGCCCUAAUUGUGAACCUUUAGAUCGCUGCGAAAAGAAUUUAUGUGUAAAUGGAGACUGCAUCAACAAUUUCUUCAAUUAUACCUGUAAAUGUCUGCCUGGAUAUUCGGGCAUAUAUUGUUCAAUAAAUAAUAACGAUUGUGAACCUAAUCCUUGCAAUAAUUCGGGAAAAUGUUUUGAUGAAGUUAAUUCCUUUAAAUGCUUAUGCGAUGGAACUGGUUACGCGGGACCUAUUUGUGCUGAUGAUGUGAAUGAAUGCAAUCAAAAUCCAUGCAAAAACAAUGGAACUUGCAAAAAUCUCCCCGGAAAAUACAAAUGUGAUUGUCCAAAUCAUUUAGGCGAAAACUGCGAGAUAAUUAAUCCCUGCGUUCCAAAUCCAUGUCAAAAUGGUGGAAAGUGUAAAACUGCCAUAGCAAAUAACUUUGUCAUAUCAGAAUGCGACUGCAUUGAAUCAUUUAGUGGAGAAAUUUGUCAAAAUGACCCUGACGCUAAACCAUUAGUUGGGAAUAGGAGAAGUAGAAAGGUGGCGGCAUCUUUAAUUGCGGGGCCCAUCGCCGCUAUCCUACUUUUUAUCGGUCUUGUAGCACUUAUAGCCUUCAUAUUAACUGCCAAAAAAAAAAGGGCUACUAGAGGGGCUUACAGUCCUUCUAAACAAGAGGUCACUAGCUCACGCGUCGAAUUAGAUCAUGUACUUAAACCUCCUCCUGAAGAGAGACUAAUAUAAUUCAAUCUUUCCUAUAAUGACAUUCGAAAUUGAGUAGGUUCCCAAGGCCGAAGAAUUACCAUUUAAUAAUCAUUUUAUCACCAAUUCACUCAGUUUGAAUAAAAUCCGAGCCUAUAUUUUAAUGAAUAUGUAUUUAUUAAUAUGUUUUUUAAAUAUAUUUAUGCACGGUUGAUAACACAUUGUGAUAUUUUAUAUAAUUUGUAUGAAAUAAUAUGCCUUAAUUUUAUACAUGAUUUUAUAAACCAUAUAUUAAUGGUCUUUUUAAUUAUUUAUUUUUAAAAUUUUACACAUUCCAUGUAGAAA